UAAACAGUGAAUGAAACCAGAGGAAACUGCAAGCAAGAAGAGAAAACAUCCCAUUCAGUAGAUGUUUACAUGUUGUUAUGACGAUUUAACAAGUAGAAAUAAGUAAUUAAAAGAUAAAAUGAAGUUAAGCGUGGACGGCCUAAUUGUGUAUUUUCCCUAUGAUUACAUCUAUCCAGAGCAAUAUGCAUACAUGUGUGAACUCAAAAGAGCCCUCGAUGCUAAGGGACAUUGUCUCCUGGAAAUGCCCUCAGGCACAGGGAAGACAACCACUUUACUAUCUCUCAUUGUGGCUUACAUGAUGGAGAAUCCUCAUAUGGUGAGGAAAUUAAUUUAUUGCUCACGCACAGUACCAGAAAUUGAGAAAGUCAUGGAGGAAUUGAAGAAACUGCUUGAUUAUUAUGAAAAAGAAGAUGGUCAGUAUCCUAGCAUGAUGGGUGUUGUGUUGACAUCUCGGAAAAACCUUUGCAUACAUCCAGAGGUGAGCACUGAGAGGGAAGGGAAAAUAGUGGACAGUAAAUGCCAUUCUCUGACAGCCAGUUACAUAAGGGAGAGGCACAAUUAUGAUGAGACCUCUCCAAUUUGUCAGUAUUUCGAGGGAUUCUCUUUGGAUGGAAAGGAAAGUAAUAUGCCUUUUGGAGUUUACACUAUUGAUGACUUGAAGAUGUAUGGAAGGACUAGGAAUUGGUGUCCAUAUUUUCUAGCCAGAUUUGCUAUAAUUCAUGCAAAUAUUGUGGUGUACAGUUACCAUUACUUGUUGGACCCAAAAAUCGCCGAUGUCGUAUCAAAAGAGUUGUCCAAAGAAUCUGUGGUAAUCUUCGACGAAGCUCAUAACAUUGAUAAUGUCUGCAUAGAUUCGAUGAGCGUAAAGAUAAACCGACGAAUCAUUGAAAAAUCCGCGGCAAACAUAACAUUAUUAGAAAAAACUGUUGCCGAAAUGCGAGAGGAUGAUCAAAAUAAACUACAGGAAGAGUACAAUCAGUUAGUGGAAGGUUUACGGUUGGCCAGCGCCGCCCGAGACACAGACAUCAUUCUAGCGAAUCCCGUUCUACCCGAUGAGAUCUUCAACGAGGUCGUCCCCGGUAAUAUCAGGAAUGCGGAACAUUUCGUUUCGUUCCUCAAAAGGUUUUUGGAAUACCUGAAGACCAGGCUUCGGGUGCAGCACGUCGUGCAAGAAUCUCCGGCCGGAUUCCUCAGGGAUGUUCAAGCCAAAGUGUGCAUAGAAAGGAAGCCUUUACGUUUCUGCGCAGAAAGAUUGUCUUCACUACUUAAAACAUUGGAAAUAGCUGACUUGACUGACUUCAGCCCUUUGGUGUUAAUAACGCAUUUAGCCACUUUAGUCUCGACUUACACCAAAGGUUUUACUAUUAUUGUAGAACCGUUCGAUGAUAAGACUCCAACCGUUUCGAAUCCUGUGCUUCAUUUCAGCUGUCUGGAUUCAUCAAUUGCGAUAAAACCUGUUUUCGAUAGAUUUCAAACGGUGGUCAUAACUUCUGGAACACUUUCACCGUUGGAUAUGUACCCAAAAAUAUUGAAUUUCCAUCCAGUUAUUAUGUCUUCCUUUACAAUGACUUUAGCAAGACCUUGCUUAUUGCCUAUGAUUGUAUCGAAGGGAAGCGAUCAGGUGGCAAUUUCAUCUAAAUUCGAAACGCGUGAAGAUAUUGCUGUGAUUAGAAAUUAUGGACAGUUAUUAGUUGAAGUGGCUGCUAAUGUACCUGACGGUGUAGUGUGUUUCUUCACGUCGUAUUUGUAUUUGGAGUCGGUGGUUGCCAGUUGGUACGAUCAGGGCGUCAUCGACAGUUUGCAGCGUUACAAAUUGUUGUUCAUCGAGACGCAGGAUUCGGCAGAAACCAGUUUCGCGUUGAUGUACUACAUUAAGGCUUGUGAAUCGGGCAGAGGAGCUGUACUUUUGUCUGUGGCUCGAGGAAAAGUCUCAGAAGGAGUUGAUUUCGAUCAUCAUUUGGGAAGAGCGGUUCUCAUGUUUGGUAUACCUUAUGUCUACACUCAAUCCAGAAUUCUCAAAGCACGUUUGGAUUACUUGAGAGACCAAUUUCAGAUUAAAGAAAACGAUUUCUUGACUUUCGAUGCGAUGAGACACGCAGCGCAAUGCGUGGGCAGAGCGAUUCGCGGUAAAACUGAUUACGGUAUAAUGAUAUUCGCGGAUAAACGUUUCUCGAGAUCAGACAAACGAUCCAAAUUGCCCAAAUGGAUCCAAGAACAUCUCAAGGAUUCAUAUUGCAAUCUUUCGACAGAAGAAGCCAUGCAGAUGGCGAAGCGUUGGUUGAGGCAGAUGGCCCAACCGUUCACCAGGGAAGAUCAAUUGGGUGUGUCUUUGUUAACGCUGGAGCAGCUGCAGAGCAGCGAAGCUAGCAAAAUCGAGAAACAGGCUCAACAGAAUUAACUUGUAUUGGUUUUUUUAAUUUCACUUCUCACUUUUUAAAAAUAUAUAUAUAAAAUAAAACAAAAUACAAUUUAUAAAUUAUUAUAUAAAACUGUGUGUUUGUGUGUAUCUGUAUACUUAAUUCAACUACAACUAAAUAUUUACUGAGCGCUCAUAACAGUAACAAGAAACAUGACGGAAUAACAAGUAAUUAAAUACAUUUUCUCUAUCAACAAUUGCCAACAAAUAAAAUUUGAGAAGUAUACAUGUAAAAAUAUAUAAAACUAUGUACAGAACGAUUUUCGUAAGUAACAAUAAUUCCCCAUAUAUAUUCUCCCUUUUUUUUCUUGAUAUAAUUAUGAUAAUAAUAAUUAU